AUGGCAUUUCGAGUUUUAAAUGUGGCUGAAAAGAAUGAUGCAGCCAGGGAAAUUGCACGUAUUAUGUCCCGUGGUGGGAACAGUCGCAGGGAAGGAAUGUCCCGCUACAACAAAAUAUAUGAAUACGAAUACAACCUUUUUGGCAGACGAUGUGAGAUGACAAUGACUUCAUUAUCUGGUCAUUUGAUGGAGAUAGAAUUUGUUGUUGGCUACCAGAAAUGGCACAGUUGUCAACCACUGGCGUUAUUCACUGCUCCAAUUGAGAAGAAAGUAAGUUCGAACAUGGAUGGUAUCAGAAAGACACUUGAAAAAGAGAUUCGUAGGUGCAAUGCAUUGAUUGUCUGGACUGAUUGUGAUCGAGAGGGCGAGAAUAUUGGCUACGAAGUAAUUGAAGUAUGCCGACGAAUUAAACCACGUAUUGAUAUCUAUCGAGCAAGAUUCUCGGAGAUCACUGCACCUUCCAUUACCAGAGCGUGUGCCACCUUGGGAAGGCCAGAUGAGCGUACGUCCUUCGCCGUAGAUGUCAGGCAAGAACUUGACUUACGAAUUGGAGCUGCAUUUACUCGAUUUCAAACCUUACGACUUCAAAAGCGUUUCCCAGAAGUUCUCAGUGAGCAGUUGAUCAGCUACGGAAGUUGUCAGUUCCCAACACUGGGCUUUGUUGUACAGAGGUACAACGAAAUUGUUGCAUUCGUUGCUGAAACCUUUUUCAAGAUUAAAGUGAAGCAUAGCACACCAGAUGGAGAAGCAGAAUUUAACUGGAAGAGAGUUCGGUUGUUCUACCGACUUGCUUGCGCAGUAUUACACCAAGGAUGUCUCGAGAAUCCCAUGGCAACUGUCGUGAACCAGACGUCCAAACCCAAGAGUAAGUGGCGACCAUUGCCUCUUGAUACGGUUGAGUUGGAGAAACUGGCAUCCAGAAAACUGAGGAUUAAUGCAAAGGAGACCAUGAGAAUAGCAGAGAAGUUGUAUAACCAAGGAUUCAUCAGCUAUCCUCGUACGGAAACCAAUAUCUUUCCAUCUUCCUUGGAUCUCACUAAUCUUAUCCAGCAGCAGACCGUUGAUGAAAAUUGGGGACAAUUUUCUGCAAAUCUGCUAACAGAAGGCGCCAAUCCCCGUCAAGGUAGGAAAACGGAUAACGCUCACCCACCCAUCCAUCCUACAAAGUUCACUGCCACGUUAAAUGGUCAGGAGAAGAGAUUGUAUGAGUUCAUUGUCCGUUCAUUCUUGGCUUGUUGUUCCAAAGAUGCCCAGGGUAUUGAGACCACCGUGGAGAUCGAUAUUGCACGUGAGAAAUUUACUGCAAAAGGUCUCUCCAUCACUGCCAAGAAUUACCUUGAUGUUUAUCCCUAUGAGAAAUGGUGUGAUAAAACAUUGCCCAUCUAUCGUACCGGAGAUACCUUCAUGCCCACUUCAAUUGACAUGGUUGAAGGCGAGACCGAGCCACCAUCCCUGUUGACUGAAGCAGAUCUGAUCGCCUUGAUGGAGAAACAUGGCAUUGGUACAGAUGCUACUCAUGCAGAACAUAUUGAAAAGAUCAAAGCGAGAAACUAUGUUGGUGUUCAACCUGAUGGAAAAUUUGUACCUGGUGAGCUUGGUAUGGGCCUUGUACAAGGGUAUGAUGCAAUGGGAUUAGAAAUGUCUCAACCACAUCUGAGGGCGGAGCUGGAGAGGGACCUGAAGAAGAUUUGUCUCGGUCAGAAACAAAAAGACGUCGUCUUAAGAGAGCAUAUUGAAAAAUACAAAGAGGUGUUCGUGCAGACAUGUGAACAGGUCAACCAAUUAGAUCAAGCAUUAGCACAAUUCUUCGGAGAACCCGUGCAACUUAAUGAAGAUCCUGUUACUUCCCAGGUGAUCAAUUCUCAACCUGUGUUCACUUGUCCCUCCUGUCAAACACAAAUGUGCAUGAAGAAAACACAAGAUAAAGGUUUCAUGAUUGGCUGCAUGCGUUAUCCCGAAUGUACAUCUAGAGCAUUCUUUCCUAGUUUUGUUCUUGAUGCACAAGUGACGGAGAGAGUGUGUUCUCGUUGCAUACCACGACCAGUUUACAAGAUCAAGUUCCAAUUCAAGAGAGGCUCAGUUCCACCGAUGAUGGACUUGGAAUAUUGCACUUGUAUCUUAUGCGAUGAAUAUCUUCAAGAAAUUCUGAGUUUCAGGAUCAAUGCAUCAUCGUCAGUGACCCAACGGAACACAUCAACAAGACGCGACAACGGAAGAAAUAACGAGAAUAAUAAUCGAAGAGGAGGUCAGAUGUCAUCCACUACGCAAAGUCAACCUCGUCGCCCGCAGCGACCACCAUUCCAACCAGAUAACCAUGAUUCAAAUAAGCGGCCUCGUCCUCCAAGACCUGAAAAUUAUGUUCUGUGUGGUUGUGAUCAAAGAGCCAUUAUUCGUACUGUUCGAAAAGAAGGCGUAAACAAAGGUCGAGAGUUUUACACGUGUGAAAAACGAGAAUGUGAUUUCUUCUUGUGGGCUGAUGAAGGCCGUGGUGAUGACCAGACCAAUCAGAACCAAGCAAAUGAUCGAAGGCCCAAUCUUUGCCAGUGUAGACAGCAGGCUGUCGUGAGAACGGUCCAAAAAGCUGGUCCGAACCAACAUCGUCAGUUCUACUGCUGUUCAAAGCCUUCUGGACAAGCAUGCAAAUUUUUCGAAUGGCUCGACAGCGAAAGACCAACUUCCCAACCGCCGCCUGCUCAAAAUCAGAGACCAAACAGAAAACCCAGAUGUUGUGGUAUCUGUCGUCAACCGGGGCACACAAGAAAUAAAUGUCCUAGAAAAUAA